AUGAACAAAGCAGUUGCUGACAUACCAGAGCAAAAAGACUCAACACGGGUCCCAAAACCUCUCAUGGAGAAAAGGAGGAGAGAUCGCAUUAAUCAAAGCCUGGAGACUUUGAGAUUACUUUUACUGGAAAAUACACACAAUGAGAAACUCAAGAACCCUAAAGUGGAAAAGGCUGAAAUUCUGGAAAGUGUUGUGAAUUUCCUCAAAGCUGAACAAAAAUCAGAAACUGACUCUUAUCAGAUCACCAGAGGAAAAAGGGGGCGAACUGAAGAUUAUGAUGGGGAUUUGGGUUCACCCUGCAAACGUCACAGCUACCGUGAUGGAAUGAGGACAUGUCUCCUACGAGUCAGCCAUUUCAUUGCAAGCAAGAACCAAGAGUUUGGGCAAGGAACAGAAAAAGCACAUGGAAACCUUCAGCACACCUUGAAUCAUUCAAUACAGACACCGGUGUCUGCUGCAUCUCUCCACGGAGAAAGUCAAGUGCACCUGUAUGACGAUCCAUUGCUUCUAACACAGCAACAUCAUGUCCAACUGAACAAUUCUUACAUACCAUCCGGCUGCUCAAAGCUUGCGCAAAGAACUGUUCCAACUAUGACCUCAAGUCCUAAAAAACCUGUUUUGCUCUGUGAUUCUGUCUGGAGACCCUGGCCACAGUAG